GGGAGGUGUGAACUUGAAGCUAGGCAUGAAGGGUGGGGGUGGCAAUAGGCAACUCUUGCACAGCACCUGCCUCGGACGCAACCAUGAACUUUUUUUAACACCUUCCCUGAACAACGCACGCGCACCGUCAAUCUCAGGCUCACCCUAUUUAUAAUUUUUAACGUAGAGGGCAGAGCAAGAUCGUUCUGAUCUCAGUAAAUCUCGGCUGAAUCCUGCUAUUAGCAAAACAAACGCGCACUGUAAAUCAUACUCUUCUUCUUCUUCCCUCCCUCUCUCUCUCUCUAGAUCCAGACGGAAUCCCCGUUGAGCGGGGAAUGGUGGGAGCCAUUUGCUGUACUUUCAUGCAGUUCCACUCUCCACCACCACCACCUCAUCCUCCGUCUAUGCAUACGCAACCUGCGCAUUUGUUAUUUUCUUCCUCUGCGCAUUCUACUCAGCUUAUCAUUCUCUCUCUUCUUUUCCCAUACCUUUCUUCCAGCUUUGGUUCUUACAAGCAAGCCUGGUACUAUCGCUGUCUCGGCCUCGAUCCCUAAGGCUUGGGCACACUCCCCCACCUCCUCAUACGCACACAAACACACACUGUCGCUCUCUGAACCUGUCGUCUUCAUUUUUGCUUUACUUCUCUUUCAAUUGGGUAGUAAGGGGAAGCAGAAAAAGGGAAAAAAUGAAGGUUAAUGUGCCAGAAAAGAUGUUGUCGCGAAAGAAGAGGAAGAAGAACAAUGGCAGUCAGGAUGCGAAGAAGAGCAGCCGAUUCUUGAUCAUUAUUAAUGUUCUGGGCAGCGCUGGGCCUAUAAGAUUUGUUGUAAAUGAGGAUGAUCCGGUUGCUGCCGUUAUUGAUACUGCAUUGAAAUCGUAUGCGCGCGAAGGUCGCCUUCCAGUUCUCGGCAUCGACGCCAACAAUUUCCUCCUCUACUGCGCCAAUGCCAGUUCUGAUGCUUUGAGUCCGUGGGAAUUGAUAGGGUCCACAGGAGGGAGGAAUUUCGUGCUGUGCAAGAAGCAGAUGCAACCGCAGAUGACAGAAGGAAGGUCGGAGAUGAUUGCACGAAAGGGGAGUGGUUGGAAAGCAUGGCUCAAUAAGUCCCUUAGUUUCAAGAUAUCAUCUCACUGAUAAAUCUUUAACUUUGGGAAAUAUCUAUUCAAGAGAAAACGUGCUGAUGAUUCUCCAGAUUGACUGCAUCAUUGAAGAAGAAAUCAUAAAGGCAGCAGUGCAGAAAGAUUUAAUUGUAGCACCUUUUUGUAGAUUGAUAUAAUUCAAACUACGCUUCAAACCUUCAUUGCAGGAAUAAACACAUUUGGAUGAAGACUGACAGUUUGUGGUUUUUGCAUGUUAUUUCAGGCAUGGAUGCAUAGUCUUCCAGUUUGCAAAACCAGUUCCUGGUUUAAUAUCUGUGAAAGGAAGCGCACAAUCUAUUAUGCAAAGUAACUAAAUAAUUAUUGAGUAGGAACUAUAUUCCGUCUAUUAAAUUUUCUUCCUCAUUGCUACCUUUAGCUACCCUCUGCAAACCACCGAUUAUCCUUCCAUUGCAACUCUUGACCAGAGCUCUGCUUCUCUUGCCUUUGUACGCACUAUCAUCUGCUCUUUGUAUUCAAGGAAUGUGAUAGUUUCAAAGGGAGAGAGGUGGUCACACUAUUACUUUCCAGUUUUUAAAGGCAAGAUGGUCAAAGUAAAUGUGAUUAUUACACCGGGAUGGUACUGUACAUGUGCUCAAUCCACUUGGAGGAAGGGAAAAAGACCGAUUGCUGAGAGAUGUAUUCAA